CUCUGAUUGGUCAGAGCGCCCGGCACUUCUGGUUGUUCCGCCCGGCUAUCAUCCCAGGGUGCGUUGCGGCGCCGUUUCUUUUUCGCUCGGCUGUUGUCCUGCGCGGAGCCGCAGGGCCGUAGGCAGCCAUGGCGCCCAGCCGGAAUGGCAUGAUCUUGAAGCCCCACUUCCACAAGGACUGGCAGCGGCGCGUGGCCACGUGGUUCAACCAGCCGGCCCGGAAGAUCCGUAGACGCAAGGCCCGGCAAGCCAAGGCGCGCCGCAUCGCCCCGCGCCCCGCGUCGGGGCCCAUCCGGCCCAUCGUGCGCUGCCCCACGGUUCGAUACCACACGAAGGUGCGCGCCGGCCGCGGCUUCAGCCUGGAGGAGCUCAGGGUGGCCGGCAUUCACAAGAAGGUGGCCCGGACCAUUGGCAUUUCUGUGGACCCGAGGAGGCGGAAUAAGUCCACCGAGUCCCUGCAGGCCAACGUGCAGCGGCUAAAGGAGUACCGCUCCAAACUCAUCCUGUUCCCCAGGAAGCCCUCGGCCCCGCAGAAGGGCGACAGUUCUGCUGAGGAACUGAAGCUCGCCACCCAGCUGACAGGACCAGUCAUGCCCAUCCGGAAUGUCUACAAGAAGGAGAAAGCACGAGUCAUCACUGAGGAGGAGAAGAAUUUCAAAGCCUUCGCUAGUCUCCGCAUGGCCCGUGCCAAUGCCCGGCUCUUCGGCAUACGAGCAAAAAGAGCCAAGGAAGCUGCAGAACAGGACGUGGAAAAGAAAAAAUGAAGCCCUUUUGGGGACUUGUAAUAAAUCAGCGGUCAUGCUGGGUCUCCACGUGA